GUAAAUUUCUGUUCGACAGACUUGAAAGCGUCGACCGGCUGCGGCCACACACCAGAAACAUCGUGAGUUAAUUACAGUUGGAAAUAAAAGUGAUAAGUUUUUCUUCCAGUUGGCAGCAUCAAAAUGGCCCCCCUCAGCGAAAAGGAAAUGAAGAAAUGGCGGGCGGUGGCCGGUUUGAACGUCAUUCUCGGCGCAAUCGUCUUGACGGCUCAGGUGAUCACUUUGUCUACGCUCUACGAGUGGGUCGACUGGAUCGGCAUUGGCAUCUGGGGCGGCUGUUUCAUGAUAUCGGCCGGCUCUCUCACCAUCAAAAGAAAUCCGAGGUUGAUUUCCAUGUCUAUUUGCGCCAUGCUGAGUGGACUGGCAUUGAUCAUCUUUUACGCCUGGAACCUCGGCGUCUAUAAUAAUUUCAGUUAUUAUGGGUAUAUGAUCAACUAUAAUGGUCCGGAGGCCUACUGCUACUAUUACAAUUAUAACGACGAUUUAUGUGAUUGGCGGUUGGCGGCCGACAUUAUUUUCAUCGUUUGCGGCUGCCUGGCCAUGAUGAUCAACCUGGUCUUGUCGAUGAACGCCAAGGCGAUCGCCGUAGUCCGUCCGAUUGUCAUCCGUCAUCCGGUCAACAACGUCUACCCGAUGAGCACGACCAACACGACGUACGUGGUGACCAGCAACCACCCAGCCGCUUACCCCAACCAGCAAACCGUCUACCAGGUGCCGGUCGUGACUUAUCCAUCAAACAACACGAACAACGGCGUCAUCUACCAGACGACAUCGCCCGGCUAUCCGCCCAUGAACAACCAACAGCAGCAGCCGGUAUAUUACACUCAAACCAAUCCGCCAACUUACGCUACUACCGCCUACUAAUAGAGCGGCGAAUUCUAUUCUCUUUUCUAUCGUUAUAUAAUAUUAUAACGCGUUUAUUAUAUACCCAUUUUGUCUUCAUUUGAAUUUUGGACAAAUUAUUCAAAUUAUUAUUCUGCUCGUUUCGGGAAUAAAUGAGCGCAACUAUGAUUGGCUUAUUCGACUAUAAAUGUAAAUGUGUUACUAAAAUACAAUUCACAUCUUGA